AAAAAUAAAACUUUUUUAGAAAAUCCAGCUCUACAUGACUGUUGUGUCUGUGAAAUAGUGAGAGGGCAAGUGAUGUGAUCCUAAUAUUAAUUUUUUCUUGCCCAACCUCCCUUUCAUCUCCAUCCUAGCAGUUUCAACAGGGAAUUUGGAACACCCUAUGUCAGGCUUUGUGAGAGAUUUUGGAGUUUGGCUUUUUGCAAGUUUUCAAACAAUUCAGCAACCUUGCAUUUCUUUGCCAUGUGCUAAAUUCCAGAAGUUGCUCAAAAGAACCAUUUACUGCCCUGAUUAUAGCAUGUAUGUAUUCUUUAAGAAGCUCUGCUUUGUAGUUUGAAGAUCCAAGGAGUCAAAUUGGCUUUGGACCCAAUAAUGCGAAGAUGCUGCAGUUUUAUUUCCCAGACAGGGCUGGCAGCUGAUUACUGAUUUUAAAAAACCACACCAAGGAAUCCUACGAAUACUGUUGAUGUUCCGAACGUAGCCCCAGUCCACCAAGGAUCAGAGACUUGUGUAUUCUGGCAAACUUCUCCCUGACCACUUGCAACUCAAGGACAUUUUCAGAAAGCAAGACAAGUAUCAUAUGGUUCACCUAGUCUGCUCUUCAAGGACUCCUCCAGGAUCACCCAAAUCCAGUUAUAGGAACAAUGGAACUCUGGCAACCAGCAACGGAACCAUGAGUUCUGAAAAUUCAAGUACCACAACACCAUCGUCAUCUCCAAGCCAAGAAACCAUUAUUGGAUCCACAGGUUCUAAUUCAGCUGAUGUCAGACACCGCAACUUUUCUCAGGUUCCUUUAAACCAUGCACAGAGUCAUGGAUUCCAGCACGUUAUGCAAGGACAUGGAGUUAGCCAGGUUCCAAUGCAGCCAGGAAUCCCAGGCAACUUUCCAAUAUAUUCCAUGUACAGUCCACAGCAUGUCCUCUGGUGGCAGCAGAUGUAUGCACGACAGUACUACAUGCAGUAUCAAGCUGCCAUCAGGCUCUCAGGAUCAACCAAUAUGCAGUCCUCCAGUCCAGCAUCUUCUGAGCCCGUGAACCCUGAGCCUAAUCGCCCGGAUGAGGCCCCAGCUGUCCCCAUUGCAGCUGUUCCAGAGAACAGACCCAUCAACCAGAAUAUUCAGAUGAAUGCACAAGGAGGCCCAGUCCUAAAUGAAGAGGACUUAAACCGUGAUUGGUUGGACUGGAUGUACACUGUCUCCCGAGCAGGCAUCCUGCUAAGUAUUGUCUAUUUCUACUCCUCUUUCAGCCGCUUUGUGAUGGUGAUGGGAGCUAUUUUACUGGUUUACUUGCAUCAAGCUGGGUGGUUCCCAUUCAGACAAGAUGCGCAGAAUCGACGGCCAGCAAAUCAUCCCAUGGAGUUCAAUCAGGAAGGGCAAGAAGAUAAUGCCCUUGAAGUUCAUGAAAUGGAGCGGUUAAUGGAUGAAGGUCUGGACGAUGACAGUGGAGAAAGUGGUGAAAGUGGUGACAGUGGCGAUGAUACCACUGAAAGCACAACAGGGACAGAGCCACCAGGCUUCAUGGCUUCUGCAUGGUCAUUCAUCACCACUUUCUUUACCUCGCUCAUCCCGGAAGGCCCUCCUCAAGUUGGCAACUAGGAAAAGCAGUAAACAUUUCACCUGACUGCUCACUACAGCUGUAUAUUUGAGUGGCAUUUACUAAAAAAAAAACGAAGACUGAAGUGUGGGAGUGUACUUAACCCUUUAUUACGUUGCCAUUGUCUCUGCAAUUUUCCAUGCUGUUAAGUCUUUCUCCUGAUCAUGGCAUACAUUUGAGUUUCACUGCUUUUAUUGCACCCAAAUUCUGGAGAGCACCAAAUGGAAAAUGUGCUUUCCUCGGUUUCAUUUUCAUUGCUUUACAUUAGCAAAGAUAAAAUAUAAUAAAAGUUACCCGUCUUCCGUGGUUUUGUUGUAAUUGCCACUAGCUGUGAUUUUAAUAACAACUGGGGGCUGGCAACAGAAAAUACAAAGAGCUAAGUAAACGAGACUAGCCUCGUCUCAACCUGGAGAAUUGAAGAAUCCAUUUACUUUAAAACUUCAUUUUAAUCAAAGCAACACUGCUAAAAGCAAGAUCUCCUGUUUUUCUGACGUGCUGCAGUCAGACAUCAAGUUAACGCUUUUUCUCUCGUGAGUGAUUGAUUUUUCAGCAGCUGAUAGCCUAGUUUUCAAUUUGAACAAACACUGCCACCUGGUGGAAAAUACCCUCCACAAAAAUUGAAUUUGAACGGAGUACUUGGGUGCUAACCAGGUCCUGUCCUUCAGCCAUGUGUCAUUCUGGAGCAUUCAUGACAUUGGUAAUACUUCCAAGCAGUGGUUUGGGUUUGAAAGGCUGAGAACUGAAAUAAAUAGAUUUACUUCCUAUUUGUUAUAUACUUUUUAAACAACUUUUACAUUUUAAAAACUCAUUUUAGAAUAAUAUAUUUUACUGCCUUGACUUUAUCAAUGGCAUUCAAAGCUCGGAGGCAUAAAUUUGAGGAUCAUUAGUCAGACUAUUGCCAGUUUUCAAUUGGAAAUGACAAUGUGACUCAUUAAGUGGCAUAUGUUACUGAUACAAUAGAAGUGUAAGGGUGUAGACUUAUAAAUAGUGAUCUGCCUGGGAACAUUACCAGCCUGAACAGCAAUAAAUGCUAUAUAUAAAGAAAGCAGCACUGUUUGGUACUUUACAGAAGAGAAGGACCAAAUAAAGUCAGUGCCUGCAGCAUGCUAACAUAUUUCACAUUAAAAUACUGUCACAAUGUAUUGCUGAUUGUUAGAAAAAAAAUAAAGCAAAUAAUGACUUAUUUGAAUAA